GCGAUGUCGUCGGAGUACUCCUUCUGUAGCGAGGGAGGUUUCGACGAACUCUCGAGCUCCUCCGAUUCCGGUUUUGACGUGAGUUUUGAAUCACCGAAACACGAAGUAUCAACCGACACUCUCUUCCCUCCGGCUAAAGAAGAGAAGCGCAAAAAAACGCGGAACACUCGUUGCAAAAGUCCCACGCAGGUGCUGAGACUGAAGAGAAACCGGCGGAUGAAGGCGAACGACCGCGAACGUCACAGGAUGCACACUCUAAAUGACGCUCUGGAACGCCUGAGGAUGGCCCUGCCGACGUUUCCCGAAGACACAAAAUUGACAAAGAUAGAAACGCUCCGUUUCGCGCACAAUUAUAUCUGGGCGCUAUCGCAAACCCUGGGCAACUCUGAUGGUGGCGAGAUUACGGUCAACGUCGGCAACGUCACCGUCAGCAUCAGCGAUAACGGCAACAUGAUCACCUCGUCGACCGGAAGCUGCGCGGUGGCAGCCCAGAAGAGACUCGGGCCCCAGCAUACCGCGGGCUUCCCGUAUUCUCCUCAAGAGCGAUUUGUCGCACCAGAAUGGCAGGAGUAUGACUGCUACAGCGAUCAGAGCGUGAGUCCGCCGAUGCAGUACCAGCCCUGCUACGAUCAGAGGAUGUACCAGAUUCAUCGUCCUCAGCAUCAGCUACCGCCGCCGCCGCCUCAUCAUCACAUGCCUCAUCACAAUAAUAUGUACCAGUGUCUUUAGAUACGUCAACGGCGUGUACACGUUUAAUUUGAUGGCUCGGACAGCCAAUUUCUUCAACGUUGAUUAUCUCUAUCUACAAAUCAGUUUAGCUUCUUCAUCUACAUCAUAACCAGUGUUACAAUAUUAAAAAAGAUAAAAGGACAGAUAUUUCCUGAAUAACUAUAUCGAAGGAUUAAAUAGAGGAAGAAAUUGAAUAUCAUUGCAUCUGAAGAAUGGCUGAAGAGUGUUUUUUUCCAAAGAACUGACGUGAGUGUAAAAAGAAAUG